CCAUCAAGACGAGCAUCACCAAACUGCAGACAAGAUCGGACGCCGCUACAAGGAAUUACUAGAUGCCGCACUUCGACAUCAACAAGUUCGACGACUACAACAAGACGGAUGCCUUGACAUGGUGGCAAAGUUUCCUCACGGAAGCAUCAUGCCGCACUGUUCCGACUGACGACAUGAUGAAGGCGCUCUACUUACAACUGAUUGGAGGAGCGCAGACAUGGAUGAACCAUCUGGCGGCUACCAAGAAAUGCACCAUCGCGGAACUCCACAUGCACAUCACGCGGAAGGAGUUCGAGCAACUGUGGUUCACUUGCUUCAUGGUCCGCAACGUCGUGAAGGCGGUCAUGAACAAGAAGGAUUAUGCCGCCCAGCUAGAACCACCACUAGACCAACCGAGCAACGUGCACUUAGAUUGCGUACGCGCAGCCUGUACACCGUCGGCAAGUGAUCCGGUCAGUUCGCCAGUGAUUUUCGAGGACUUGACGGCGUGGUCAAGACUUGAGGAGCUUGACCCGCUCACGAGAGAGGACUUCUUUUGGAUGUCUCUACCCUCGAUCGGAACCUUGCCAAGGCCGCAUUGCAACGCCUUGAUGGCAAAUCCAUGCUCUUAUUUGCACACUACAGUACCAGCUUCGUUGACGGACGAUGGGGUAGCGGUUGUCGAUCUCCGCUCCUAUCUUGCGAAGAUUGACCGUGAGUACGCCACCCAAAGGUACGCCGAAACCGACGCUCCUUUGCUCUAUAUCCGGAUUCAAAUCCGAAAGGCAACCUGUAGUGCCUUGAUUGAUUGCGGAGCGUCUCGCAACUUUAUGAGCCAAGCCUUUAUGGCCCGUGCAGGUGUUGGCCCGUGCGUUCGAAGGAAGACACAACCUACGCAAGUAACACUCGCGGACGGCCGCACGCACAAGUCAAUUGACCGAUGCGUCGACGGCGUUCCGGUAUACUUUGCGGCACUUGCGUGUGAGCCGGUGUCUUUUGACAUCCUCGACACCAAGUUCGACAUGAUUCUAGGCAUGUCUUGGUUGCGUAGCGCCGAUCAUCCGGUGAACUUUCAUGACGGAACCGAUCACAUCCGUGAUCAGAACGGAGUGCUAGUCCCAUGUACAGUCGCGACCCCUCACACUUCGAUUGCUUGUCACGUGGUUUCCGUUGUGAGAAUUCGCGACGCCAUAGCUCGGAAUGAUGUCGAGGAGAUGAGCCUUGUUUUCUUGCAUGCUCUCCCCUCGCCGGACGGACCAGCCGCGUCACCGCUGGACCCACGCAUCAGUCACCUCUUGGAUGAGUAUGGUGACGUCUUCGAGGCCCUCACCGGAACGGUUCCGGAUCGGCCCAUACGUCACGGGAUCACUCUCGAGGCUGGCGCCGUCCCUCCACGUGGAUGUAUCUACCGCAUGAGCGAAGAGGAACUCGAGGUGCUUCGCGCACAACUCGAUUGCCUUCUCGGCAAAGGCUGGAUUCGCCCUAGUUGCUCGUCAUACAGUGCCCCUGUUCUCUUCGCCCGGAAGAAGAACAAAGAUCUACGGUUAUGUAUCGAUUAUCUCAAACUUAACGCACAAGCCGUAAAGAACGCCGGCCCUCUCCCUCGAAUUGAUGAUCUCCUUGAACGGUUAGGCGGCGCGACGUACUUCUCGAAGUUGGACAUGAAGUCGGGUUACCACCAGAUUGAAAUCCAGCCUCAAGAUCGGUACAAGACCGCGUUCAAGACGCGGUACGGGCAUUUUGAGUGGGUUGUCGUGCCAUUUGGCCUCAUCAAUGCCCCCGCGACUUUCCAAGCAGCUAUGACGACUGAGUUUCGCGACUUGCUUCAUCGCAGCGUCCUCAUUUACCUCAAUGACAUUUUGGUUUACAGUAGGACGUUGGACGAGCACAUCGUACACCUUCGCGCUGUUUUGGAUCGUUUGCGACUAGCCAAGUACAAAGCGAAUCUCGACAAGUGCGAGUUUGCCAAGCAGGAGUUUGAGUACUUGGGUCAUUUUGUCACGCGAAAGGCAUUCGUCCCUUAGCGGACAAGAUCGAAGCCAUCGUGGAUUGGUCGGAACCCCGUUGCACGACGGAU